CCCAUUGAAUACAAUGUCGCAUUAAAGCAUUCAGUGGUGGAUGUAGAGAGGGGUGAAUUGCAUCCCCCCUUAAUUUGUGUUGAACUUUUUAUAUAAUUAAAAUACAUCCCUCCACUUGUUUUGUAGGAUGUCCAGUUAAUCAUCACUUUGCACUUUGUUUAUAGUCAAACAGGAUGAUGCGUCGGGGUUGAUGGAAACCAGAUCCUCGUUAAUUAAAGUGUCACUCACUGAUCCUCGUGGCUUGUCACAAAUCUCAGUGUCUCUUUUCAGUUUCAGUGUCCAAAUUCUUCGAAAUUCAGGGUCUUUUGGAAAAAGAAAUAUACUUAAUCCCUGUCCCGAUUUGACAUUGCAGUUCAAAGCAGCGCAUUGUACCAUAAAUACAGGACUUUUCUAUGUAAACACUAUAAAACCCAUUCAAUGCAAUCGAAAGUUGUCUCAGAUGACGUCAUAAGCUACGAGCGAUAACUCACGUCACGACACAUUUAUCGAUCGCUUAGGUAAAAGUUUGAUAGCGCCGUGUACUUCACGCCAAGUGAUUUUUAUCAAAAUUGCCAUGGAAAUUAAUCCAUAAGUGUACGACAGACAUUUUUCUGUGUAAAAGUCCAGUUUUAGGAAAAUCAUUGUACUUGACCUAAUAAUUUGAUGAUCUCUUAAAUUCAAUUGAAGAUAUCUUUAAUUAUUUACAAUGCUUUUGUAUAAGGAAUUAAUCCGCGCAUCAAUUCCUUUAAAAAGAGCAACAAUUCAAUUAAAGAGAUCAUGAAUUCAAUUGUGGAUAUGUUGAAUUGAAGAUAUCUUUAAUUAUAUAGUUGCUCUCUCUAAAGAAUUAUUGCUCUCUUUAAAUGAAUUAAAGAUAUCAUUAAUCAAUUGAAGAGAGCAAUAAUUGAAUUAAUGCGCUCAUUAAAUCAAUUAUUGCUCUCAUCAAAUGAAUUAUUGCACGCAUCAAUUCAAUUAUUGCUCUCAUUAAUUGAUUUAAUGCGCGCAUUAUAUCAAUCAUUGCUCUCUUCAAUUGAAUUGUAGCGCUCAUCAAUUCAAUUGAUGAUAUCAUUAAUUCAUUUGAAGAGAUCAUUAAUUUAAUUAAAGCGCUCAUCAAUUCAGCUGAAGAAUUAAUGCUAUCAUCUAUUCAAUUAAUGCGCGCAAUAAUUCAGAAUUAAAGAUAUCAUUAAUUAUUUGAAGAGAUAUUUAAUUCAAUCGUUGCGUGCAUCAAUUGAAUUGAUGAUAUCUUCAAAUAAUUGAAGAUAUCUUCAAUUAUUUGAGUUUAUGUUAAUUUGGCGCUCCAUAGAGAUGAAGCAACAGCGAUCCCCACCAUCUACGAUGAAAAAUUAGGAGGACUACGCAAUGCUGAAUGUGAUAAUUCAGUGGUGGAUAUGAUUUGACAGAUACCAACCUUCUGGUCCUGCAAGUCUGCACUCUAUAGAGCCCUUGCCAAGACAACUCCAAAAUUACCCACAUCACAGGAUGACAUAAACCUCCAUGGACCAUGGAUCAACACCUUGGCAGGUGAAAGGUUUCUUCUGUGUGAUGACACUGAUGCACAAGGACACAGAAUCAUGAUCUUUGCAACCGACACCAACAUAAAUCAUCUGUUUGCAGCGGAGGUAAUUUUCAGUGAUGGGACAUUCUAUUCAUGUACACGAUUCUUCACCCAGCUGUACACUCUGCAUGGAAAUGUAAAUGGAACAAUUUUUCCUCUCAUUUAUGGACUAUUGCCUAACAAGAGUGAGGACACUUACAAUCGGUUUUUCAGUCUCUUGAAGGAUUCAGCUAGAAGACUCCAGUCUCUGUUGACCCCAGAAAGUUCGCUGCUGGACUUUAAAAUCGCCGCUCGAAAUGCAGUUCACCACAACUUCCCAGGGGCUUCAAUCAAGAGAUGUUUUUUCCACUUCACUCAGUGUAUCUGGAGACAAGUACAAUCUUGUGGAUUAACUGUGCGAUUGCGGGAUGAUGAGGACUUCCAUCGCCUCGUGAGAAGAGCAGCUAUUCUCCCUCUGAUUCUUGAACACCAAGUGGAGGAUGUGUGGUUUCCGGCGCUGGAAGAUAAUGACGAUGAUGGCCAGGAAGUCCUACGUUUCAAGGACUAUGUCACUGAGACAUGGGUAGAAGGGCAUCUACCGAACUGGAACCACUUUGACAAUGAUGGGCCCAGGACGACAAAUGCCGUAGAAGGAUGGCACAACAAAUUGAACAGGAUGUGUCGAUACCCUCAUCCGAAUAUCUAUGUGUCCAUCCAACUUAUUCAGAAAGAACAAACAGCCAAUUAAGCCGAACUCUUUGUGGCUGAGUAUAACACUGCUAAAGUGAAGAAAAUCCAAUAUCUAUCGGCACAAUGUUAAUUACAUGUACCUAUCUAAACAUAGAGUUCUUUAUACCAAUGUGGUAUCUACAACUGCUUGUGGAUUACAGCCCCGUGUUAUUUACAGCCCUGCGUUAAUUACAGCCCUGUGUUUGUGAUGUAAAAUGUACUUGUGUUUAUGCGUUUAACUGAUAGAACAUUUGUCUCUCACUGCUGUUUAGUAAUUAUAUCUUACAAUGCCUGUAUUAUUAGGUUUAGUGAAACAGCAUUAA